AACACAAACCCUUGGAGAGCGUCCAAGUUGUCUACUACUUGAAAAAAUUUAGGCCAUGGCCCAUUCUCAUCUUAGGGCUCCCGGGCUGCGAGACAGCGAUGGCGCUAGCGUCUGGCGAUGGAGCUUGGUCGCUGUUUGGAUCCACGCGCCUGUCCAAAGGCCUGGCGCUGGUAUUUGCGACGGGGUAUGUUCUAGCGCUUGUUCUUCCCUGGACUGUGGAGUACCUCGCAUUGGUUCCCGGGAGAACAAUACCAUUCGCGUGGAAUGUUGUCACUGCCGGUUACUUCGAGCACACUUUUCUGGGUCUUGUUUCUAGUGUUCUUGGGAUAGUCUUCUUCGGGAAAUUGCUGGAACCUAUAUGGACGUCGAGAGGAAUGUCCCUGUUCAUCAUCCUUGUCAAUUUCUUCACUACGAUCACCACUUUUGCCCUCUCGGUGUUCUUGUACUACGUUACGAGCCAGGGGAAAUACUUGUAUGUGCCAAUCUCUGGAUUCUCUGGAGUGCUUGCAGGGUUUCUCGUUGCGGUGAAGCAACUUAUGCCCGAUUACGAGCUCCCAAAAAUCAAGCUACGUGCAAAGUGGUUUCCAUCCUUGCUCGUCGCAUUCUUCGCAGUACUCUACUUGGUCGUCCCGGAUGCGUUCCUCGCUGCCCCUUACAUCAUUCCUGGAACUUAUAUCAGCUGGAUUUACUUGCGAUACCAUCAAACCAAACCCGAGGCCAAGAACGUGAAAGGCGACUCCAGCGACGAGUUCGCGUUCUCGACUUUCUUCCCGCAGUUCAUGAGGCCAGUCGUGUAUCCAGUUGCGACGUUUUGCGACAAGCUUUGGUGCGGGCGUAGGAAUCAAAGCACUGCAAACUUGGAAGACGAUCGCGGCGAUGGCAGUGGACCUCUGCCUGGAUCGGAUCCGAUCGAAGCCUCAAGACGAAGGGAACGCGGGGCUCGGGCGCUGGAAGAGAGGCUAAACGAUAAUCCCAGGGAGAACGAGAACGCGAACGCCGCGGAGGAGAAUGUAUAGAAUGGUGGUAAGAGAAUCGCGAAAGAGAGUAGCCUACACAUGAUUUAGAUCUCAGUGCCGAGAAUUUGGCAAGAAAUUUUACUUGAGAGGAGCUAAGAAGAAAGAAAAACUUCCUGGAAA